AUUAAUUUCCAGUACCGCUGCCGUAGUCUCUUUUAGAGAGACUUAGAAAUAUUAAUAACUCUAUAUAUACAUAUAUAUACAUAUAUAUAUUUAUGUAUGGAAAUGUAUAUAUAUAUAUAUAUAUAUGUAUGUAUGUGUAUUUUUCUGUCGGUAUGUUUGUCCCCCACCACCGCUUGAGCACUGCUGUUGAUCUCUUCACGCUGCUGUUAUCUUCGUGGUUCGGCAUAAGAAACCAGUAAAAUAGGUACCAGCCUCAAAAAGCACACAAGGUGAGGCUUCAAUUAGUUGGAUUAAAUUUGCUCUACGUGGUGCCCCAGCAUGGCCGUAGUCUAGUGACUGAAACAGCCAGAAAACAAAAACGAAUAGAAAUCAGAUAUAACUCGUAAAGGGAAUUAACCUUUUCCACAUUAAUGUGUUUGUAACAUCUUUUACAGUGAAACCGAAAAUUGAAAUCAAAAUCACAAACACCGAAUAUAUUCUAAUGGCCAACUGUUCAUUACCAUUUACUACGAUAAAUUGUUAUCAAGGAAAGAAACUUUUGAAAUUUACCAAUGUCAGUCAGAGCAACUGUUCUGAUGGGAGGACGUUUAGCAACAUCAGAACAUUAAGAUAUUCCGAUUUUUCUGGAUCUGUGGUCUGCUGGUUUACUAUUGGCAAGAUAUUCAUGGAAUACCGAUUGUUGCAUUUUGAGAGUGAAAACUCUUUCCGAAGACAUCUUACCGACGAACCUCUUCGGCUGAUCGCCUCUAUUACUUUCUUCACUGCGCUGAUCGCAGUUGGUUACUUUCUAUUUGGGAAGUUGAGAAGUAGAAUGAAAAUUCUAACACGUGGAAACGGUAAAGAUUCUACCCAUAGAAAUUUCACCACCGAAAUUCUUCUUCGGGGUCUGUAUUUUGCUCUCAUUAUCGCCACGAUCUUUCCUCUCGUCAUUCCAUGUCAGAUGAGAAUAGAGAAACAUCUAAAAUACAAACAGGAUGAAGAUACUUUCAUAUCGAUUUGCAUUGUCGCCAUUAUCUUUGGGAUUUUCUCAAUCCCUCUCUUCUUUGCAUGGCUCAUAGCUUUUUACAAACUGUACAAAAUGGGACAACAAAUGGAGACUGUAACAGGUGAAGAUUCUCAACAACGAAAUCGUAAUUCCGCCAUUGUUCCUCUGUAUGUACCUCUUCCUGAAUUCAUUGUAAUGAUAGUGGCUCUUAUCUUUUCGUGCAGAAAAUGUGAACAGGGUGCAGGAUGUCCCACAUGUCUUCUCGCUAGUGUUGUCUCCAUACUUCUUCUAAGCAUAGCACUUUUCUAUUGGUUGAAGAAGAGAACUCAAAUUCGAAAAUGGGAAAGAGCUAAAAAAUACCUCAUAGAUAUUUGUGUUGUUACCAUUCGCCUUCUGGAAGGAAUUUUGAUGUUUAUCGCUGUACCUUUCUUGUGGAUUAGAAGUCGUUUGCAGACGAUGAGUCAAAGACUAACCCGUAAAAAAGUGACUGAGAGAGAAUUUCGGGAUCCUGAAGUCAAUCCGUUAUCAAAUGAAGAUCCGGGUCAUUUGUGAGUGACCUCUCUGCGAGCCAAUCGAACGCCACAGAUUUAGUAAGGAACCAAUUGUUCAACGUAUGCAAAUUGUGGGAAAAUUUAGCCAAUGGAAAGGCUCAUGAAUAGUAAGUAACCGCUUGUUUUAAAAAUUGCACAUUGUGGGCAAUUUUAGCCAAUCGAAAACCACAAAUUUAGUUAGAAAACAGUCGUUUAGAAUCUGUUUUCCCGCUCGUAAACAACUUUCUCAGCUCUUAAAUCUAUAAUAAUGCUUUAUUCCUUAAUGACUCGCAUUAAAUGGAUAUUGAAUGUAUAAAACUACAAGAUAUAUGUUGUUAACAAAUGUUUUGGCUAUUUUCCGCAUAGUAAAUGCUUAAAACACGUGAUAUCGUCGCAAUGUUGAUAUUACUAUUUUGUUGUCUUACAAUAGAUGUCAGGCACAAAAUGACAGCUUCUAAAUCCUGUUUCCUGAUUGGCUACACAUCAUCAAAGUUUGAAAUUAUUAAAUGAAACCAUGAGUUUCAACGUGAAAAUUUACGUAAAUCCACGAAAUUUGAAAAGUAUUAUUUAAUUUUAAAAUUUCAGCUCAAAAUAAACAAUUUUAAUUUGAGGCGCAAUUCUGGUUUCCAUAUAACAUUUUUAUAGCUUUUUAAUUUUGUGGAAAUUUCCUAAAAUUUUUGCCAAUUUGUGUUCUACAAAAUGUGCAUUAAUAUGGUUAUGGAAAUAAUGAUUGAGUGGCAAAGAAUCAAUGAAUAUGCUAAAAUAACAGCUAAAUGUCACUUAAAUCACUUAUACGUCUGAAAAUAUUUACAAUUUCCUUUUUGCACUAUUUUUCUGUUGAAAAUGCAAUGUAGGGGAGAUUUAGCUGUUGUUUUUUGUACAUCACAUGCUUACAUGCUACCUUUCUCGAUAUUGUCGACAUGCAGUUAUAAACAUAUUCAGAAGAUGUAGCUGUUGUUUCUUGCACAUAGCACAACCACCUCCCACCUUCCACAUUUUUCUACAUUUAUUUAAAGAAUAUAUUUAGAUUUAGCAGUAUUUUCUAGCACAACGCCUAAUCACCUACGACUAUCAACGUGUUUUUGCAACAAAUAAUUAAAUAAAUAAUCAGGAGGAUUAGAUAUUGUUUCUAGUACAUCGCAUGAUGACCUGUUAACUUCAGUUUUUGGUAUAUGUAAUAAAGAAAAUAUUUAGGAGA